GUUUCUCCGAGAGCCUACACCUGCAACACUCCUGGACCGCAGCUGCUAUCCCCAGUUCCCAGCUGUGGAUGAGGUAUCAGUGGUGCCGGAUCCUUGGCUUCAUACGUCAUGGCGGAUGAACUGUUGAUGUGCAAAGUGGAAGGUGGGGUGAUGAGAUGGCUUCCUCAGAAUCCUCCCGCGUGUUGCUGCGUCCCUGUGCAUUCAGGGGCAGUUGGUGGGAUUUGUUGAUGAAGGCCUAUGUAGGGUGUUCCCAAUUCUGUAUGUGUUGAACAAGUGUUCAAACUUUUGCAUACUGUGAGUGGGUGUUUAGUGAGUUGAGGAGGCUUCAUGGCAUUGGUGGUGCAGCCUACUGCUUUUUGCAGACCAUACGUGAGAGCGGAUUUGCCCUCCUCAUUGCCUCGCUUGUCUCCUUUUCCUUUCCUUCGCUCCCUUGGUAUUGGCAAUAAAUUCGACAGUGUGACAGUGGGACCUCUGACAGUUUCGCCGAUGGGGUUAGGAACCUGGGCUUGGGGAAACCAGCUUCUAUGGGGCUACGAAGAAGAGAUGGACGCGGAGCUGCAGGAGGUUUUUAACUUGGCUGUCAGCAAGGGAGUUAAUCUUUUCGACACUGCUGAUUCUUAUGGAACGGGAAAACUCAACGGCCGAAGCGAAUUGCUUCUUGGAAAAUUUAUCCGCGAGUAUCCAGGGAAGGAUGCGAAGAAUGUGAACAUAGCGACAAAGUUUGCAGCGUUUCCAUGGCGUUUGACGCCUUCGCAGAUUGUGAGCGCUUGCAAAGGUUCUUUGAAAAGAUUGGAGAUGGAGCAGCUUGCCCUUGGACAGUUACACUGGAGUGCAGCCAAUUAUGCACCUUUUCAAGAGCAGGCCUUAUGGGAUGGACUGGUAGCCAUUUAUGAGCAGGGAUUAGUGAAGGCAGUUGGAGUCAGCAAUUAUGGUCCCAAGCAACUACGACGAGUCCACAAAUAUCUGGAUCGCAAAGGAGUGCCCCUCAGCUCUGUCCAGGUUCAAUUUUCUUUGUUGAGCAAGGGUGCUGAUCAGAUGGAGUUGAAGACGGUAUGCGACGAAUUAGGCAUUCAAUUAAUUGCAUAUAGUCCUCUUGGGCUGGGUAUGCUGACUGGGAAAUACUCGCCUACAAAUGUGCCUUCUGGUCCUCGGGGUUUAUUAUUUAAGCAGAUACUCCCUGGACUAGGCCCAUUACUCGACACAAUGAACCAGAUUGCAAAAAAGAGAAACAAGACUGUCUCUCAGGUUGCUAUCAAUUGGUGUAUAUGCAAGGGAGCGAUUCCUAUUCCUGGUGUGAAGAGCUUGAAACAGGCAGAGGAGAAUCUCGGUGCCCUUGGUUGGCGCCUCAAACCAGAAGAAGUGGCGAGUUUAGAAUUGGCUGCUGAUCAAGCUCCACGAGGCAUGAUUCAAAAUAUUUUCCAAACAUCAUGAUUCUCAGAGCUAAUCGUCUGUAAGUUCACUUUCUAGAUACAGUUUUGAACUCUUGUGCCAUGUUAGUAACUUCUUUCUUCAUUUUUAAUUUUUAAUUUUAUUUAUUUAUUUAUUUUGUUUCACUAAGAGGUUCUCGUUGACAACGAGAUUUUCAACUUCCCUUUAAUGCCGCAAGUUUGUAAAUUUGAGCAACUUAGUGCUCCUGAGUAAACGAAGAAUUAAGUAGUUCAACAUUA